GACAACACCGGUAUCCUGAACAAGAGCCUUGAUAUUCUCCACCACAAGGGAUUCGAAAGACUUUUGCCCAGUUUAAACAAGAUGUGGAGCAGGCAGCAGCUGGGCUUCUGGCCUUUGGUCUAAAAAAGGGAGACCGACUUGGAAUGUGGGGGCCAAACCAGUAUGAAUGGGUUGUGAUGCAAUUUGCCACAGCCUAUGCGGGAAUUAUCCUGGUUUCUGUGAACCCAGCAUAUCAGUCCCAAGAGUUGGAGUUUGUACUGAGGAAGGUUGGCUGUAAAGCACUGGUAUUUCCUACACAAUUUAAAACACAGAAAUACUAUGAGAUCUUGAAGCGUGUUUGUCCUGAGCUGGAACAGUCAAGUCAUGGAACAUUAAAAAGCAAGAAGCUUCCAGAUCUUUCUGUGGUCAUCAGUUUGGACUCCAAGCUGCCUGGCACAUUCUCCAUGGAUGAUCUGAUGCAAGCUGGAGAUAGCAGCCAUAAGAAGGAGCUACAUGACAUACAGAAAACACUGGACAGCAAGGAGCCAAUCAAUAUACAGUUCACUUCAGGAACAACAGGAAGCCCCAAAGGGGCCACACUUUCACACCACAACAUUGUGAACAAUGCAAACUUGAUUGGUAUAAGGCUACAAAUCGACCAGGGAACCCGUUGUUGUCUACCUGUUCCUCUCUACCACUGUCUGGGUUCUGUGGGAGGCUGCAUGGUGAUGGCUGUUCAUGGUUCCUCUCUUGUCUUCCCAAGUUUAAGCUUCAAUGCAAAAGCCACUCUGCAGGCACUGGACCAUGAAAAAUGCACACAUGUGCAUGGGACUCCAACCAUGUACAUAGACAUGCUUGGCCAGCCUGACUUUGCCAGCUAUAACCUCUCAAAUCUCCAGGGAGGAGUCAUUGCAGGCUCAUCAGUGCCUCCUGAGGUCAUGAAGAAGAUCAUCAAGAACAUGAAUAUGCGAGAGAUAGUGGUUGCUUAUGGGACUACAGAGAAUAGCCCUGUAACUUUCAUGGGUUUUCCUCAAGACAACAUUAUCCAGAAAACAGAAACUGUUGGAUGUAUUAUCCCUCACACAGAGGCAAAAAUUGAGGAUCCAGAAACAGGGGAAGUCCUCCCAUUCAACAGACCAGGAGAACUUCAGAUCCGGGGCUAUUGUGUUAUGCUGGGAUACUGGGGAGACCCCAACAGAACCAAUGAAGUGAUGACUGAUGAGAAAUGGUACAAGACUGGGGACAUUGCUGUUCUUGAUGAGUAUGGCUACUGCAAGAUUGUAGGUCGCUGCAAGGACAUGAUUAUCCGAGGAGGCGAGAACAUAUAUCCUGUUGAGAUUGAACAGUUUCUGCACACCCACCCUAAGAUUCAGGAGGUACAGGUAGUUGGUGUGAAAGAUGAACGAAUGGGAGAGGAGAUCUGUGCCUCCAUCAGAGUGAAAGCUGGAGAGGAGUGUACAGAAGAGGAAAUCAAGGCAUUUUGCAAAGGGAAGAUUGCCCAUUUCAAGAUCCCUCGGUACAUUGUGUUUGUGAAGGAUUUUCCACUCACUGUCUCGGGCAAGAUUCAGAAAUACAAACUGAGAGAACGAAUGGAGACGCAUCUUCAUCUUUGAAUUGGGCAGCGGGAAAAGCACAACAGAAUGACGGUGCUGUCUUCUUUUAUAUUUGAACUGUAAGCAGUUAGGGAGCUGCUCCUACCACCAACCUGCCUUAAGAUGUACUAGACUAGUGGUAUUUGUAACAGACCAAAAUUUACAGGUGUAAGAUAGGAAUAAACAUAAAGAAUGAUAUACCAUA